AUGACACACUUUUAUUUGAGGGUUGCAAUAUUUUGUUUAGGAUUAAUAAUUGGUUUAUAUUUAGGGUGUAAAAGUGCGACAAACAAAGCUAUAAAAUCAAGCAUAGAUUCACAUAUGAUAAAACACAUUCCAUCAUAUGAUAAUUGGUCUCUGAAAAGAGGAAUACAACGUAAAGUUUUGCCAUGGGAUGCUUUGAGAUAUUCCAAUAUAACUUUUAUAUUAGAAGCUGACGUCUUGUUUAAGGAAAUCAAUGUACUUUGUCUUAUUAUUGUACGUAACAACAAGAAUGUUCAAGCUGCAGAAAAUACUUGGGCCAGAGGUUGCAAUAAUAUUCACUAUGUGGAAACUGUAAGCACAGAUAAGAAAAAGCUUCCCGGUAUGAGGACAAAAGAACACUCAUCUUGGAUACUCUUAUGCAAGGUACUGUUAGAUAUCCACCACAAACAUGACUGGGUGUUAGUUGUUAAUGACAACACAUUUGCUAUCAUGGAAAACCUAAAGUAUUACUUGGCACCUUUGAAUCCGCUUGACAAGUAUUAUUUAGGAUAUGCUGUUAAAUUUUGGAAUACAAUUUACAAUUCAAAUGAGGCUGGUUACAUUUUAAGUAAAGCAGCAAUCAAAGCUUUCCAAAAGGCAUAUUCAGAAAAAGAGUGUUUAAAUCAUGCUUAUUGGAAUAGAGAAGACUUUUAUUUAGGAAAAUACUUAGCUAAGUUAAACAUAACACCUAGUGAUGCUAAAGACAAGGAAGGUCUUUCAAUAUUUCACCCAUAUAGCUGGUACCAUGUAUUCUUUCCUGGAGGGAAUUAUUAUAAAACAAGUGUCUUUUCUGUUAAAUGCUGUAGUAAACACUCUAUAACAUUCAAGGCUGUAGAAGGAGAUAAAAUGUAUACUUAUCACUAUCUUCUCUAUAAACUACAAAUAUUUACCCAAGGCACAUUGGGCAAUCUACCUUAUGAAUCUGAUGUACCAGAUGAACAUAUCUGGAGAACAUUUUUAAAAGAACGCAAUAUCCAUGAUGAAAAUAUUACAGCUGAUCAAUAUUAUAAAGUCUGGACAAAUCUUAUCAAUGAUCCAACAUCUUUUGCAGCUCAUAUGAAGAAAGAGAUCCACUCUGUUGAUUACAGUUAGUUAAUAAUUUAGAGUAUGUAUAAUCUUAAUGAGGUACAGGUGUUAUGUAGGAUGAUUUUAAGAUAAUAUUCAAAAUUCCCAAGAUAAUCAGUUAGGAUGAGGAUGGGCCAAUCCUCCAAGUAAUAAUCAAUAUAAACGCAGAUGCAGUUUAAAAAUUCUGGAGGUAAAGGUCACUUGUCAUAAUGUCAACGAUUGAAUGUAGAUGAUCCUAGUCUCAAUGUGCUAUGAUAGAAACGUCUCAUAUUUAAGAUUAUCCAAAUCCUAAAUAAAUCUUAAUCCUAUUCGAUACAAAAGUAGUGAUAUAUUCCGAGUCUUCCCUCACUGAGCUAGACUGAAAUAUGUCAGCUCCAAGCUCCCUAACCUGUCGAUUAGCAACGACGGAUGCCAAAAAUUUGACUGCCAUAUAUUUAAAUUGGUUAGUUUGGCUGGUGUUGACGCUGGUGACAUCACCAUGGCAUCCUAGUGAGGGAGGCAAGUGAUGUACACACAUCACAUUGAUAAUAAAGAAACCAUGGUGUACAACGGUAAACGCGGAUUGUUUCCACUAAAAAUGUAUUGCUCUAACUUUGCACCACCUUGUAUGUUGGUACAAUCUCAAAAAGCAUAUGAAGCUCCAAUUUGUCAAACUGUUUAUUUAUACCCAUAAAAUUGAAGAUUUUUUUAAUGAAUUCAAGGUAUUAUUUUCUGAUCUGAUGGUGUAUUUUCAAGUAAAGUUCAUUAUACUUUGAACGAUUUCCAUCUUAAAGCCGUUUUUCAUAAAGAGUCAAGUUUUUGACAGCAAUAACAUCUGCAUCUGUCUUAUCUAACUACAUAAAAAUUUCAAUGUGUAAUGUUUUUGACAGCAAUAACAUCUGUAUCUGUCUUAUCUAACUACAUAAAUAUUUCAAUGUGUAAUCAGUGUAGUCUAACUUUUGUCCAAAAACAAACAAACCAUGUGUUAUUACUGCUUUAUUUAUAAUUUUUGAUGAACAUUGGUAAUGUCACUUAUAAAGUUAAUUCACUGACGAUAUCUUACGAGACAUCUACAUAGCUGUAUAACAUAAAUUUUAUUUUAAUAUACUUGUCAGUCAUACUUAACACUGUGAUUACACAGCUGAAAAGUGUAAGAUUAAGGCAAUCAAGGUAUACUCAGUACGUUGAAGUGCUGCUCAGGCUGUGAAAGAGUAUCUGAAAUUUUAUAUGCAUAUUUUCAUUGUUAAUUUUUUUAAUAAAUUUAAUAAUUUUGUAUA